UUCGUGCCGAUCGAUAAAACGUCGUCGUUUGUAGUUUUUAAUAAUAUUUUCGCCGUACGUUUCCGUGAAGGACGGACCGUCAAAAACCGUUUCGAUCGGUACCCACGAAUCGAUCUGUUUUAUCCUCCRCCCGUGACAAAAUAUUGUGUUGUAAUGAUAUUUUAGUAUAAUUUUUUUAUCUCUCUCAGUCUCUCCACGCCAUCGCGGAUACCGUGCCAUAUCCGCGAGAGACUCGCAGAUCAGCAAGUAAAUAUUAUCGUAAUAAUAUUAUACCGACGUCGAAUACGCCCGCCGUAGCGAUUCGAUCCUAACGAAACGUACGAGGACGAUGAGGACUMWGCUGACGGGCGGCCGUCGGAUCCGUCGUUGAUCGCGUCGCGGCGCAGUGAUUGCAGCGUAUAAUAAUAUUAUUAACCAUCCGAUAUUAAAUAAAAUAAUUAUAUAAUAUACGGUAUACACGUAUUCGACAGCAAUCGCAGAAAUAAUAAUUAUAGGUAUCGAUUUCGACGUCAUCAUAGCAUAUUGUUACUAUACCAAUACUAUUUUAUAACGACUUAACACAAUAUAAUAUCUCAAUAACAGCGGCGACGGGUGUGCGUGUGUUUGCUGUACCACCCGGAGCAAUUCAGGAGCGAAUUAUAUCCACGCGCCGCCCAGGACACGGUUAGAAAUUCGGCGGAAUGAUGAUUACGCGCACGCCGAUCGUCCGACUUGUGGUAGGCACGUGCUGCGUGUUGGCCGCGGCUAUGUUUGCGGCCGCACAACCUCCGGCUAUCAACAGCGGGGACCCCGGCACCGAUUCGGCUCGUCAAACUCCUGUUGGAGGUCCAAACGUAUGUCGGUCGCGGUUCAGAAAUUACUGUUGUCCUGGCUGGUCAUUGAAACACGCAACAGGGCUUUGUAUUGUCCCCGUGUGCAAUAGGCCCUGCAAUGGCGGUCGGUGUAUCAAGCCUAACAUGUGCCUCUGCGACGAAGGAUCCGUCAGGUCAGCGUGUUUGCCUGACGACCUCAGAGAUGCUUACAACAAGGAUGACGAGCAGUUGCGACUGUCUCAGUCAUCUGUGCCGGACCGAUACGGAAAACCACCUCCGACCGGAGGGAACAACAUUGGUAAUUCCGGCGGAAGUAAUGGCAGCAGUGGAAACAACAGCGGGACUAACGGUAGUAGAGGCAUAUCGAGUAUCAGUAGCGAUAGUACCAGCAGAGACGAUAGUGUUAGCAGAAGCUAUAGUGCUAGCAGGGGUGAUAGUACUAGCAGGGGUGAUGGUGCUAGCAGGGGUGAUGGAGCUAGCAGGGGUGAUAAUGCGAGCAGAAGCGAUACUCCUAGUAGAGACGUUGAAAAUGUCAGCAGCAUUAGCAGUACAUCUAGUAGCAGAGUUACAACUACGACUACCGCAAAUUCUCUGGUAGUGGCGUCACGAAGUUCUUGCAAGUAUCCGUGUUUGAACGGUGGCACUUGUCAGGGAUCGGUCUGCGCGUGUCGACAGGGUUACACCGGCGAAAACUGCGGUGACCCGAUUUGUCGGGACGGAUGCUUAAACGGCGGCCGUUGUAUCGGUCCCGACCGGUGUGCUUGUGUGUAUGGUUACGCUGGGCGCAGAUGCGAAGCCGAUUACCGAAUCGGCCCUUGUUACACCAGGGUGAUCAACGAUAUGUGUCAAGGACAACUUGAGGGUGUUGUUUGCACCAAACAGUUAUGUUGUGCAACAAUAGGCCUGGCUUGGGGACACCCAUGUGAACAGUGUUCAUUGAGCUACGAUUGCGAUAUAGGUUUUCUCAAGAACUUGCAUUCGAACCAAUGCAUAGACAUUGACGAGUGUGAGGCAAUUCCUGGAAUUUGUAAAGGUGGAGCGUGUGUAAAUAGUGUGGGUUCCUUCAAGUGCGUGUGUCCUGAAGGUAGAGUGCAUAAUCAAGUAACAAACGUUUGCGACGACGAAAACGAAUGCAAAAGAGGCGAUCCGAGCAUUUGUCAAGACGGUUAUUGUGUAAAUACCGACAGUUCGUAUUAUUGUAUUUGUAAACAAGGAUUCGUGCCYACCGCUGACCGAAAAGGAUGCAUAGACACUCAACAAGGCCAGUGUUAUACGAGACUUGUGUCGAGUCAAGACUGUUCGGAUCCGUUGCCCAUGAAACUCUCUAAGAAAGACUGUUGCUGCGGUAAAGACAUGGGAAAGGGCUGGGGAAAUAGUUGUGAACAUUGUCCGCUACAAGGAAUGGCUGAAUACGUAAAACUCUGUCUCGGUGGCAAAGUCAAUCAAACGGUGCUGAACUUGGUGGACGAGUGCGGUUUAAGACCAGAGAUUUGCGGGACCGGGGGCAAAUGUAUCGAUACGGUCGACGGGUAUGCAUGCGAGUGUUUUGCGGGGUUCACAAAGAGCAGACACGAGGAGUCGCAAGUGUGUGAAGGCUACUUCGUAUGGCGAACGUUUUGUACCAUGAUGAAAACUCCGAUUCUUCAUAAAUUGAACAAAUUUAAGACCUUUGCUCCACUUUCUACCUCCAUGUCCCACAGAUGUAUGUGUUUCAUUAAGAAGUUGAAACAAUUGUUCGUUUGUACAUGUCCCGUGGGGACCGUAUUGAACUCUGAAAGUCAAGCGUGUCAGGAUGUAGAUGAGUGCGACGAACUCGGUCUUAACGCGUGUGUAUCAGGUCAAUGUAUAAACACGGUUGGUUCUUUUGAGUGUGAAUGUCCACCUGGCACCAUUUUGGAUAGUACCGGUCGAGUUUGUUUAGAUAAUCGUCGGGGUUCGUGUUGGACCCGUAUGACUGGAGGCAGAUGUGAGAACAACCUCAUGCAACUGACUUUGAAAUCUGAUUGCUGUUGUUCGAUUGGGCUGGCUUGGGGUAGUCCAUGUGAACCAUGUAAGCCAGAAGACUGUGGYGGUGAUUGCAAUAAAGGAUAUGUGUCUGUAGGCAAAAUAUGUCGUGAUAUAAACGAAUGCGAACUUAGCCCAGGGAUUUGUAGAGGUGGUGGUACAUGCGUUAACACAGAAGGAUCAUUUACUUGUGUGUGUCCUCCUGGUUUGACAUUAGACACUACUGGAACUGUUUGUUUGGACGUACGAGAAGAAAAAUGCUAYACUGAUUUUAAGCAUGGUGCUGGUGUCAAUCCUUUAGACGGAAUUUAUCCAAAAUGUGUUUGCUGUUGUUCCACUAUAGGAAAAGCUUGGGGUGGAGGGAUUGAAGGAUCUCUUGGUAGGAGUGAAACUUGUCCUAGACGUGGUACUCCUGGCUUCACCGAACUAUGCCCAAAAGGACCAGGUUUUAUUGAUCGCAAAGAUAUUAACGAGUGUAUUGAGUUUCCUGGUAUAUGCAGUAACGGGCGCUGUAAAAACACCGUGGGAGGUUUUACAUGUAAAUGUAGUCAAGGAUACACUUUGGACGAAUCUGGAAUCCGCUGUGUUGAUAUUGAUGAAUGCAAUAUUAUGCACGGUGUUUGUGGUGAUGGAGAAUGUCAAAACAUACCGGGAAGUUUUGUAUGCAAAUGUAGAGACGGUUAUGAAACAUCUCGAUUGAUGCAAGUUUGCAUGGAUAUCGAUGAAUGUGAGAGAACACCUGGACUGUGCCGUGGAGGUACGUGUCAAAACACACCAGGCAGUUAUAAAUGUGAAUGCCCCCCUGGACAUGAACUAUCUGCCGACAAACAAAGCUGUAAAGAUAUUGAUGAGUGUUCAAGAACAAGCGGAAUCUGUUCAAACGGAGUUUGCGAGAACAUGAUGGGAACAUACCAAUGCGUGUGCGAUGACGGCUACAGGCAAACUGACCAAAAGUUUUAUUGUGAAGAUAUUGAUGAGUGUGAGACAAAUAAUGGCGGAUGCUCUUCUAUAUGUAUCAAUUUACCAGGCAGUUACAUGUGCUCGUGCAAGGCUGGAUUUAAUUUGUUAGCUGAUAAACGAACAUGUGCAGAUAUAAACGAAUGUGAAGACAAUCCUAGAAUCUGUAACGGUGGCAACUGCAACAACACAAUWGGUAGUUUUCUGUGCUCCUGUUCAGGAGGUUUACUCGAAGGAGCUGAUGGUUCAUCUUGUAUAGACAUUAAUGAAUGCAACGAGAAGGACGUGUGUGGAAAUGGGGUUUGUAGUAAUACCAUCGGGUCAUUUACUUGUCGUUGUGAAGAAGGAUAUUCUGCAAARUUAGACUCUGGACCUGCUUGUACUGACGAAGACGAAUGCGAAAUGGGUACCCAUAGGUGUGAUUUAAAUGCAGCAUGUAUAAACAAUCCGGGUUCUUAUGGUUGCCGAUGUCAAGAUGGUUUUACAGGUAACGGAUACAAUUGUAUGGAUAUCAAUGAGUGUUUAACUAAUAACGGAGGUUGUGACCAAAAUGCACAAUGCAUAAACGAAGAAGGCUCGUUUAAGUGCGUAUGUGAUGAUGGUUUUCGUGGAGAUGGCUACUCGUGUAUAGACAUUGAUGAAUGUACUGAAGAUUCGACUCUAUGUGAGAACGGUCACUGUUUGAAUUAUCCGGGAUCAUUUAGAUGCGAGUGUGAAAUGGGAUUUAUUAAUCCGGAUGACAAAAAUGAAAGAUCUUGCAAUGUACCAGACACUUGUCCUCAGCCGGGGAGGUGUCAAAAUCUGAUGGGAUCGUUUUUGUGUACCUGUCCACCUGGAUAUCGAUUGUCGGCCGCCAAAAACUCGUGUCUCGACAUCAAUGAAUGUCAAGAAAUGCCUGGUAUAUGUGAUGGAGGAACUUGCAUGAACACAGACGGUGGCGUUAUAUGUGACUGUCCCGAAGGUUUCGUACUCAGCUCCAACGGCAUGAAAUGUAUAGACACUAGACAAGACCACUGUUAUGAUAAAUUUUUGUCCGGAAACUGCUUGGCUCCCAGAAAACAGAAGAUAACAGAGAARGAGUGUUGUUGUUCGAUGGGAGGUGGUUGGGGUAGGCUCUGCACGGCUUGCCCAAAACCCGGAAGCGAAGCGUUCUCAAAAUUAUGUCCAGAGGGCGUCGGUCGUGGGGACAAGGGUGAAGACUUGAACGAAUGCGAUUUCAUGACUAACCCGUGUGAYGGGGGCGAAUGCAUAAACACGGAUGGAUCUUACAGGUGCGAGUGUCCUGUUGGAUACGUUUUGGAUUCUACAGGAAAAAAAUGCACGGACGAGAAUGAGUGUAAGAUAAACGUAAACAUUUGUGGGAACGGGACGUGCACUAACCUGCAGGGUGGAUUUGAAUGCAUCUGUGCUGAUGGAUUCGCGCCGGGACCGACACAGAUCUGUGAAGACGUCAACGAAUGUCUGGAAAUGGCCAAUCAGUGUGCUUUCCGUUGUCACAAUGUUCCCGGAUCGUUUAGGUGCAUAUGCCCGUACGGAUACGCUUUGGCUCCAGACGGUAGACACUGUCAAGACGUUGACGAGUGCAUGACACCGGCGAACAAUUGUAAAUUCGCGUGCAAGAACCUGAUCGGAUCUUUUGCGUGCAUCUGUCCUGAGGGUUACGCUCAAGUCGGCUCGGACGAGUGUAGGGACAUCAACGAGUGUGCUGAAAAUGCGAACGUGUGCCAAAACGGAUAUUGCGUCAACCAGCCAGGCACGUACAAAUGCGAUUGCUAUGAUGGGUUCAAGACCAGUUACGACGGAAAGCAGUGUAUAGAUUCUAGAGUCGGAUUUUGCUACAGACAUUUGCUGAACGGCAGGUGUAUAAGUCACGGCGGCGGUGUGAGUGGCGGAAACGUCACGGGCGCCUUUGCCUACAGAUCCGUGACGAAAGCUGACUGCUGUUGUUCGAUGGCCGCCGCCUGGGGACCUCAAUGUCAACCGUGUCCGUCUCCGUCUUCGGAUUCUUUCAGACAACUGUGUUUGGAAUCUGGCUACACGAUCGACGGUCAAGACAUAAACGAAUGCGAGACUUUACCAGAUUUGUGCGCUAACGGUAGGUGUAUAAACACGCUAGGAUCGUACAGAUGCAGUUGCAACAAGGCGUUCAAAGUCGAUCACACCGGAACGCAUUGCAAUGACGUAAACGAAUGCCUACUCAAUCCGUCGCCAUGCGAAAUGUCGUGUCAGAAUCUGGAAGGUGGUUACGCGUGCGGCUGUCCCGCCGGAUUCGUGUUGAAUCCCGACAACACCACUUGUCGGGACCUGGACGAGUGCACUACUGGCCAACACAUAUGUCAACAACUGUGCAUCAACACACACGGAUCGUACAAGUGUGGGUGCCAACCGGGUUACCGACAGAUCGGAGAUCACUGUGCAGACUUCAUCGAAGGAACAACGCUAUCUUUAAUUAAAUUCGGUUGUAACGGCCGACCGUCGUUAUCUCAGCAUGKUGGUGGAGGCGGCGGAAGCGGCAUAGGAUGCUACGGAAGUCCUUGCGCGUUCGGUUGCACCCCACACGGACAGGGCGGUUUCUCUUGUGGAUGUCCCACGGGCUACCAACGGAUUGGCCAGGGUCAUUGUCUGUCGACUAUUAGUCCAYUGACCAGUGGUUCCAACAUAGGACCACCAGAUCUGGGCGACAUACCAACGUUUCCAAUAGAACCGGAGUUGUAUCCCAAGAGCUCGGGUGGAAAAAUAAUAUCGACCGAAGGCUGUUUCUCGUGCAAGAUAAAUGGAGAUGGUAGACUACGUCAUAGGAGGACGACAAAUGUAUCAUCGGAAAUCAUAACGUCGGACAAUAACGAUGAUCGCCUAACGAAGAUACACAAGCACAGACACCACCGGGACGACGGAACGCACAAGACCAUCAGAAUGAAAAUGUCUGAUGCUAAACGGAAUACUCGUAUUUUGAAACUGCUUCCAGCCGUCAAGGAAAAUUACAAUUACUUCGUGGUGCCGAUCGGUGACUCGACUAAUAAAUUCCGGAUAAAACGAAACUCCAAUGGCAUUUGGGGAUUGCACUUCCGGCGGAAUCCCAGGAAACCCGGAAAAUAUCUCUUGGCCAUAGAUGGUCAGCGCACUGCGGCCGACGGCCAAACCGAACGCCAGAAACUUCCAAUUUUACAYGUCAAACUGAUCGUUUCCAGAAACUGAAAACCGUGGUUGUUUUCAUUAUCAUAUUUCAAACCGAAAAGUGUAUUCAAAUUGACAGGAUUAUAAUCAAUUAAAUUAUAAAAAUCGCGGCCGGUGCUAUUGUAAUUUCUACAUWAAAUAUUUUACUUUUUAUAGUAUAUUUAUCAGAUAUAUUGGCUUGAGCUAAUCUAACGAUUGCCUAAAAUAAAUAAAA